UUAAUAUAGGAAGUGCUUUCUCUAGCUAGCUAGCUAGCUAGCUCUAGAUCUAUUCAUUGUAUUUGUCAUGACCACAGCUCUACUCAACUCUGUCUAGCUUAGCUCUGUGUCCGUCUGUCUAGACAUCAGUACCAGUAUGGCAAGUCCUCCAGUAAGGCUAAACGUCUUCAGAAGUUCAGAUGAGAUAGUCAAGAGGUGUGGAAAGGUGAUGGUUGCUGGGCCCACUCUAGAGGCCACCCUCAAACUGGUCAGUGACAAGUAUGGAGAGAAAGUGUUGGAGCUGCAGACAGUACGAGGGAGCACCAUUGAUGACCUCACUGUAUUGAGGGAUUGGGAUUACGUGAUUGCUAUGAUUAAAGGCACAGAAUCAGAGGAGCCUCACUCAUCACCACACACCCCAUUGGAGCUGGACUCUGUCUCUAUCAGCUCUGCCCCCUCCAGCAACCCCCCAACACCAGACCUCAAUAGGGACAGGGGAGAGGCCAAUGCUAGAGUUAGAGAACCGACUGAUUUCUCUCUUCGAAGGACCACCUUAUUGUCCACACCUGAAGCACCUUCUCGUAAUGACUGGGUCAGACUGAAUGUCGGUGGCAAGAUCUUUGCUACCACGAGGGCCACACUAACAUCCGAUUCUAACUCAAUGCUAGCAAGAAUGUUUGAGUCAUCAGGUUGGUUGAGUGCGACCGACUCCACUGGAGCUUACCUUAUUGAUAGAUCACCUGACUAUUUUGAGCCACUGCUCAACUUUCUUAGACACGGAAAACUCCUUCUGAACGAAGGAAUCAACCCACAGGGGGUUCUUGAAGAGGCAAAGUUCUUUGGCAUAUCUAAAGCGACUGAACGUUUGGAGGGGAUGGUGGCCACUGAAGAGCUCUCUAUAAGCGGCCACUUCACUCGCAAGGAGUUCCUUCGAAUGCUCUCCAUUACCUCUUCCUCAACUAUUCUACGGUGUCAGGGCAUCAACAUGGAGGGGGUGGAUCUUUCGAACCUUGACCUGCGGAACAUCAACUUCAAGUGUGCCACUCUGCGUGGCUGCAACCUCUCCAAUAGUGACCUCACUAACUGUGUUUUUGAAAGAGCUGAUCUCACAAAGGCUACCCUCGAUAAUGCAGUGAUCCAAUGUGUGCACAUGCCGAGGGUGAAUCUCGAGGGGGCCACUCUCAAGGGCUGCAGUAUGGACGAGAGACUCAACAAGUGCACCAACCUCGAAGGAGCCAAUCUGAAAGGUAUAAAUUGUGACAACAGUCAAAUGAAUGGAGUCAAUUUUCGUCUGGCCAGUCUGAAAGGAGCUUCACUUCGUUCCUGUAACCUGAGACACGCUAUCAUGGCAGGCACUGACUUAGAGAACAGUGAUUUGACUGGUUGCGAUCUUCAGUAUGCCAAUCUAAGAGGGUCCAAUCUAGCAGGUGCCGUGCUGGAGGAUAUCACUGCUCCUCUACACAUGUCGCAAACUGUCAAUGUUACAACUGUGCACACUAAUCUUAGCAAUGGAGGGGUCAUUGUAAAUCAAGCAGCUGUGUUAGCAGGGGCCCCCUUAAACCCAUCACAAGCACAAGAACAAGUCUUACUUAGAACGAACAGUGCACAAUAAAACUGUGUGUGUGUGUGUGUGUUGUGUGCAUUAUUGUCUAUGCAAGCCGCGGCUUGAUUUCAAUUCAUAAGAAUGAAUAUCAUAACUGGC